GCGUCACAGCAACGUCAAAAUAUGUUGCAGAGCCAUGGAGACCGGAGAGAGCAGAUGUGAUAUUUAAGAUCUGUUUCUAUUUUCCUGUAGUUCAGCCCGGUUUACUAAAGUCUGUGACUAUGCUAGCAUGAACCGCUAACUUUUAUUAAACUAUCGAAGCUCUGGGCGCCGCCAUUGCUCUUCUGUCGCCAAUAGAAUUGUCGGAACUCUGUUAUCUUUUAAAGUGAAUUUGUCUGAAACGUGCACAGUGACGUAGGAAAGAUGUCGGAGUGAGAAGCGCCGAACGGCGGGAAAAACCGAGACCGAUUUACGCCUGUUUCUUCAGUCGACUCGUGUCGCUGCCUUGAAGGCAGCUGCUCCAGCUGCAGCACCAUGGUGGACAUCAGGGUGAAAAGCGGAGCAGCCUGGGCCUGUCAGAGUCAGGGAGGUCAGCUGGCGGACGUCCUUCUUCCUGUUCAUCUGAGCAACACAGAAGAUGAUGAAGACGACCUCAGUCAGUCUGACAGAGAUGCCGAUGAAGCCACUGCAGUGCUGCUGGAGCAGCAGGAGGAAGGCUCUCCCUGCAUCCUCGCUCUCAGCUGCAGCUCCUCUGCCUCCAUCAGCAGCCUGAUGGUGAUCAGUGAAGCUCGAACCAUGGAGGUCUACAACCAGCAGGAGGAGUACUGUGGGACGGUGCGGGGCACGAAGGUCCAGAGCCUUCAGUGGGACAGGCCGGACAGAGGCCCGUUCUACAGGAAGCAGCUGCUGCUUCAGGAUCCGUCAGCAGGAUGUGAGGCGAAGCUGCUCUCCUUGGCGGGUAGAAGCAGCGUUCUGGUCUGUCGGGUGGUGGUGGGUCUGCAGGAGGCGGCGCCCGCUGCGGCCGGCGGUCCGGGGAUCGACCUGCAGCAGGUGCAGAGUCUGGUGGAGGAGAUGGGGACCAGCUUGUCUCCUGGAGCUCAGAACCUCAUGGACAUGGUGCGGUUCCAGCAGAAGAAUCAGAGCGGCUCUCUGGGCGCCUUCCUGCCGCUGCUGAUGGGCGGUGGAGCUCUCUCUGCGUUGGUCGGAGGAGUUGGAACGACUGCAGCCGCUGCCAGGAGCCCCCCCCACGCUGCCGACGCCACGCCUCCAGAGCCCAGCAGGUCUGCAGACCGGACUCCGUCUCAGAACGGAGGGACGUCAGAGGGCUCCACCUCCCCAGACCUGUCCCUGUCAGACACCAGCUGCAGUCAGACCAUGAGCAGUGAAAACGGGGGGCCGGUGAACCCCGCCCAGCUGGAGGAGAUGAUGUCCCACUUCCUGAAAGGGCGGGGCCAAGGGCAGGCGCUGAACCCCGACCUUCUGCCCCUGCUGCAGAGCGUCUGUGGACAGGUCACACAGCUUCGCCUGGACAACGCUGAGGCGGCGCUGGACAGGGAGCGGAACAGUGAGUGUGACUGGAUCAUGGAGCGCCGUCUGGAGGAGAUGGAGCGGAGGCUGAAGGAGCACGUGGACCGUCGGCUGGACGCUCUGGAGCUGAAGCUGGAGAAGGUUCUGCUGAUGGCUCUGAACCACGGCGCUGGGGGCGGAUCGCCCGCUCCAUCGGAGCACGGCGGCCCAGCGGCGCCAGCACACCGAGCCGGGACCAUCUGACUCC